AUGGAGGGAAAUACUUUCGAUCCUGAUUUGAUUCGUGCAAUUUUCCAACUCGUUUGGAAAAGAAGAGCAGCAGAGCGGGAGAAAAAUGAACGCACAGAAACUAUGGAGGCUGAGAUGGGGGUCGGCACAUCAAAGAAGAAUCGGCUUACGUCUGCUAAUGCAAAUGCAUUGAAGCUGAGCUGUGAACUCCUUCGACUCUUUGUGACAGAGGCUAUUCAACGUGCUGCUACAAUUGCUGAAGCAGAGGGUUCUAAUAAAAUAGAAGCAACUCAUCUGGAGAGGAUACUUCCACAGUUGCUUUUAGAUUUUUAA